AUGUCCCGGCGCAAGCAGGCCAAACCGAGAGCCCUGAAACAUGAAGGUGAUGACGAUGAGAACGCUGCUGCCGAGGAUGAUGGUGCCGCCGCUGAGUGUGAAGUGAAAAGUGCCAUGGACACAUCGGACGACGAAGACGCCGAUCGCUGCCAACCGGACAAAGAAGAAGACGACGAGCGGAGUGGUGAUGAGUUCGUGUUAGACGAGGCCAGCAGAACCAGUGGUCGCGUGAACGUCAGUGUGAACGAUCGUGGUGUGAUGAGUGAAAGUGACCGAAAAGAAGCCGUGCUUGGUGCUUCGUGCGCGAUGGCUUCGAGUGCGGAAAUGAAUGGCCAAACGGAACCAGCAGGGCCGACAGACAACGACACCGGAGAGUCCCACUGUCCGGGUCCGACCGCGACGAUGGACUUUUCUGACGGACCUGACGGUGUCGACGGCAUCAAAAGCGAAGUGCGGUUCGAGCGAGACUCGAUACACUCGGGAGAGUUUGGAGACGAUGCCGAGGAUGGCGGAGAAGAUGAGGACGACGACGACGAUGAUGAAGAUUUGGAUGAUGAGGACAUCGAUGAUGAGAUGGACGAGGAUGACGAUGAUGAGCUACUGACAGCCGGUCCGGACGACGACGAGCUGACGUCGGAUAGCUUCUGUUCCGAUCUCUACCUCAAGCUGGUCAAACUAAGUAGCGAUCGACUGGAAUUAACACGGCAGCACCGGCAUUUACGGCGGCACCGGCAUUUACGGCAUCAUAGGCGUUUACACCACGGCGUUUACAUCAAUGCACUGAAGCAGGACGGCGAACGGUAG